AUCAUGUAAAUUGGUAUGGAUAGAGCAUGUAGUAUGAUAUGUGUGCGUUAUUAUACAUAUUGUAAUCUACUUUGUAGGUCAAAGGACAUAACUUGUUUUGUUUGUUUAGGUCAUCCUUGGAUAUGUGAAAAUGGAGUUGCCCCUGACAGAUCAUUGGACCCUACUGUUCUUUCUCGUCUCAAACAGUUUUCUGCAAUGAAUAAGCUAAAGAAGAUGACAUUGCGGGUAAUUGCCGAAAGUCUAUCUGAAGAGGAAAUUGCUGGUUUGAGAGAAAUGUUCCAGACUAUGGAUACUGAUAACAGUGGUGCAAUCACUUUUGAUGAACUCAAAGCUGGUCUAAGAAGAUAUGGGUCUACCCUUAAGGAUACAGAAAUACGCGAUCUUAUGGAAGCGGUAGGGUGUUAGUGACUUAGUUUUGUUAAAAAUAUAUUUUUCUCUGUAUUUUGU